AUGAUCAACCGAGUCAUCGACCCUGCCGGCUGCUCAUCGAUCCUACAUCGCGGACAGAGUGGAAUGCGAUUGACGACGGGGGAUGAUGCUGCAGGAUACACCCCUCUGGCUGAUGUCACCGAAACGCAUGAGAGCCCUGCUUUCAACAAUACCUUGCUGAUAUUUAUGUCUGUAGCACUAUAUACUGGAGGAGCCAUCUUCAUCAGACGCUUAUGUUGGAUUGACAUCCAGGGGAAGAUGACGCUUUGUCAAGCUCAGGGCCAAAUCAUGCCAUCUGACCAGUCAGAGGCACAGAAUUUGCAUUCAGGGGAUGGCCCCAAAGAUGACCGUGGCCCCCCCUUGAACCAGCCAACAACCGGGUCCAGUCAAUGUCUGGUGGAGGCUAUCGAAUGGUCGACUGUUGGACGAUGGCAAGCUAAGCACAUGCCAAGAGAAAAGGGAGAGGGAGAGCGGAUAUGA